ACUAAAAAGACUAAAAAACUGGAUUGGUGUGUAAAUGCUGUGAGACCGACCAAUCAGCUUCCUGCUCCUCCAGAUCCCUCCCUCCAACUCAUGUUUCCUGAAUGAGGAAGUGAAACUCAGGGACAGACUGCUGCUCUGCUCAACUUUACUCCUGUAGAACUCGUCAGGUUUGUGGAUUUUUCUGGGGAAAAUCUCAAGGGACAGUUACACUGCUUCAGUUCAGAAACUUGUUUAGAUCAGAAGUUUGCAGAUUGACGGCUAAACCACAGACAGGACUCAGAGACUGUCAGGAUUUACCAAACCUGUGAAAGUGAAAGUACAGAUCGUCAACCAGUCAACAGAGGGACACCCACUAACUUUCUUUGUAUUGUAUUCAAUCUUCGAAAAUGGCCUCUAAACUAGAGGAGGAUUUCUCUUGUCCUGUGUGCACUGAGAUCUACAAGGAUCCCAUCAUCCUGUCCUGUAGUCACAGUGUGUGUAAAGUCUGUCUGCAGCAGUUCUGGGACUCCAAAGGAUCCAGAGAAUGUCCAGUCUGUAGGAAUAAGUCAUCAAUGGAUUCCCUCCUUCCAAACCUGGCGUUAAAGAACCUGUGUGAGACCUUCUUACAGGAGAGAGAUCUUACGGAUGCACUCUGCAAAGACCACAGAAGAAAACUGGAGCUCUUCUGUCAAGAUGACAAACAGCUUGUGUGCCUGGUGUGUCUGUGCUCAAAAUUACACAAACAUCACAACUUCAGUCCUACUGUGGAAGCAGCUUCUGAGAUGAAGGAGGAGCUCAAGGCCAAACUGCAGCCUCUUCAGGAGAAGCUGAAGGAGUUUAAGAAAGCUAAAGCUACCUGUGAUAAAACAGCUAAGUACAUUAAGACUCAAACUCAGAACAUCGAGAAGCAGAUCAAGGAGGAGUUUAAGAAGCUUCACCAGUUUCUACGAGAUGAAAAGGCAGCCAGGAUAGCUGCACUGAGGGAGGAAGAGGAGCAGAAGAGUCAGAUGAUGAAGGAGAAGAUUGAGAAGAUGAGCAGAGAGAUCUCAUCUCUUUCAGACACAAUCAGAGACAUAGAAGAGCAGAUGGGAGCUGAUGACAUCACAUUCCUGCAGAAUUACAAGAGCACAGUGGAAAGAGCCCAGUGCACACUGCAGGAUCCAGAGAGGGUUUCAGGAGCUCUGAUCAAUGUGGCAAAGCACCUGGGCAACCUGAAGUUCAGAGUCUGGGAGAAGAUGCAGGAGACUGUUCAGUUCACUCCUGUGAAUCUGGAUCCCAACACUGCACACCCACGACUCAUCCUGUCUGAGGAUCUGACCAGUAUGAGACUUGGUGAUGAGUGGCAGCAGCUUCCUUAUAACCCAGAGAGGUUUGAUAAGUAUUUCAGUGUGCUGGGCUCUGAGGGCUUUAACUCAGGGACUCACUGCUGGAAUGUGGAGGUUGGAGAGAACACAUGGUGGAAGGUGGGUGUGAAGGCAGAGUCGGCCCAGAGGAAAGGACUAUAUGAUGAUGAUGUGAGUGGAGAGUGGUAUGUGUGGUAUUAUGAUGGUAAAUAUGGAGCAUGGGCUCCAGCACCACAGCCCUCCACUCCCCUCACAGUGCAGCAGAAACUCCAGAGGAUCAGAGUGCAGCUGGACUGGGACAGAGGAGAGCUGUCAUUCUCUGACCCUGAUAAUAACACACACCUACACACUCUCACACACACUUUCACUGAGAGAGUGUUUCCAUACUUUAAUAUGGGCAUUAAACUCUCUCCUCUGAGUGUUGUAGCAGUGAAGGCCUCUGUGUCAGUAGAGCAGCCCAGUUAGAGCAGAAACUGUCUCUGUCUGAACAAGAGCCCACAUGCAGAGAUGGAUGGAGACAUUUGGGUGUCAGUCAUGAGUCACUCACACAGUAACUGCAGUCAAUCUCAUAUCUGACCCAUGAGGGAUUGUCUUAAUUUAAUUUAGUUCAGAAUGUUCUGAUUCUCCUCUAAAAUAAAUGCUGGUGCCAUUUAUUAGCCUACUCUAUGAGAGUCUGUCUGUUUUGCUGAUUUUUUGCAUGUGUGCAUUUUUAUGAUGGUUUCUGUAGUCCAUGUAGGUUUUUCUAUGAUGCUGCCACAAGCACAUUACAACUACAGUGAAUCUA